AUGGUCACAGAAAAUGGCAACCCUCGAUUUCCCCCUCCUGCAACUUCCGAUCUCCGCGGACGGCGCAGGAUCCCUCAUCCGCCGCGAUUGGAUUCUCUAAAAAUCGACCCCUGCGCUUCACGCCCUGCUAGAUCUGUCCCGCGAUCGACUCCGAGCUCUCCUCGCGCGCGCUCUCCCCCCCCGCCCGCCCCACACUCCGCUUUUGACGACCGUCGUGGCGGGCCAUUCCCGCCUCAGGGUCCCUCGCCGGGUACGAGGGACGAUUGGAAGGCUGGGCGUGGGCGGUCUCCUGCUCGCUCCGCUCCCUACUCGACAACACCAGAUGCUCAACCCCCGAGAUGGUUUCCUCCGCGAGAGGAUAGCUUUCGCAAAGCUCCGCUGCCUCGGGGCGGACUUCGUAUCUGUAUGUCGGCACCUCGCCUGAACGACAGAGAGCACAAGGGAUGCGACUCUCCAGAUUAUCCUCCACAAGAUAUAGGCCCGUACGGUCUGCCGCUCCCGCGUUUUCCGUCCGGUGGGCCUGCGGCCGAAGACGGUCCUAGGUCGAGCUUCAAUUCGGCUGUGACAUCGCGAUCGAGCAUUGAACAGGCCAGCGGGACGGAGCGUAGCAGCGUUCUGACCAAAAGCAGCUCUAUCACAGAUCUUUCGCCCGACACUCCUGACGCGCCCUAUGGCACGGAUGAGGGCAUGAGCGUUGAAGAUGCAAUUUCAAUGUAUCUGGAUGGGUUCAGUGAUGUGACCGAAGAACCUUCGUCACCAAAAUCUCAUGUCGAAAGCAAGGCACCAUCGCUGUCGCCUCCGCCCUCGCGGGAUUCACUUCCCGAGGCGGAGUAUCUCCCGGAAUUGACAUCCUUGGACGAUGUUCAACCGAUACCCCCGUUGCCGGAGCCUAUAGAGCCAAUACAUAUCGUCCAAGAGCCAGCGGCCCCGGAUCCAAUAGUCACAGAUCCCCCAGCUUCAGAACCGACAUUGUCAGAGCCUGCAGUGGAGCCUGUUGUGCAAGAGCAAACCGUACCACUGUCCAACUCCGAACCACCUUUGUCUGAAUCUCCGACCACACAUCAAAGACAAGCGUCAAGGAAAGUGUUUAUCCCAGGCCCGGUGCCUCCUCCAUUGCUUCCUGAAAGUGCCACCCGUGAUAGCCAUGGUUUCCGGAAGGCGACACAAUACGUGACCCUGGAGCAGUAUGAGUCAUGGAAAGGGCCUUACUCCGAAUAUGUGACACAGAGAAGGCUGAAAUGGCAGAGUCUCUUUGAGGAUCACGGGCUUCCUACGGUGGAUCCGUCGAAUUUCCCGCCUGCAUCCACCAAAGUAAAGCGCCUUGUGCGCAAAGGAAUACCGUCCGAGCUCCGAGGCGCGGCAUGGUUCUGGUAUGCAGGUGGGUAUGACCAUAUGAACCGAAACCCAUGGCUGUACGACCAACUUGUACGGCGUGCCAUGGAAUCUCCGAAUAAUGACGAUAAAGAGCACAUUGAGCGUGAUCUUCAUCGAACCUUCCCCGACAAUCUCCAUUUCAAACCCGAGACUGUGAACCCUGCCGAGAAUUCGGGCAGCAGUAAUCCCCAAUAUGACACUGUGAAGACGGAAACGCAGAUGAUUCUGUCUCUCCGCCGGGUUCUGUAUGCCUUUUCACUUCACAAUCCCAAGAUCGGGUACACGCAGUCGCUUAAUUUCAUCACCGGGAUGCUCCUGCUCUUUCUUCCGGAGGAAAAAGCCUUUUGGAUGCUUCACAUCAUCACCUCGGUAUAUCUCCCUGGCACGCAUGAGAUCAGCUUGGAGGGGGCAAAUAUCGACCUUUGGGUUCUCAUGUCGCUGCUCAGAGACUCCACCCCGAACAUAUACUCCAAGAUCGCCAGUAUGUCAGGACAUACAUCUAGUCGAAGUCGACCACCUGCGCUCACGGUGCAUUCUCGCCUACCGGACAUCACCCUCGGAUUGACCAACUGGCUGAUGUCGGUGUUCAUUGGGACUCUCCCUCUGGAGACUACCUUGCGAGUAUGGGAUAUAUUCUUUUACGAAGGCUCGAAGACAUUCUUUCGUGUGUCGCUGGCUCUUUUCAAAGCGUGCGAGCGGGAUAUUCUCGCCGUGUCCGACCCGAUGGAGGUGUUCCAGGUGGUGCAGACCGUCCCAAAGAAGCUCCUGGAUGCUAACGCCCUCUUGGAAGACUGUUUCUUGCGACGGCACCGUGUCGGGCAAGGUCGGAUCGAGGAGCUGAGAGCCUCACGACGGACGGCCGUGCGCCAAGAGAAGUUGCGCCGGUCAGUGGCCUUCAGCAAGGGCCAAAUCAAGCCUGCUACAGACGACUUCCCAACUAGGAUGCGGACCCCAAUCCCGGGUCAACACCGCGUUGCUGAUUCUUGGCGCCAGUUGAAGCAGCGCGUCCCGAAAGGCGGACAGCGUUGA